ACCUUUGUUCUUCACCUUUCUCCCUCUCUAUAUAUACCCUCAAAACAAACCCUCCAUUAUCAAAUCUCCCAUAUUGUUCUUCAAUUCUCUCCAACGUUAACAACCUUCAUUCCAUCCUCGUAUCGGUUAUUAUUAAUUUUAAUUCCACGUAAUGGGCAACUACGUUUCAUGCACCUUGGCGCCUCCUUUGAUGAAGAAUUCCAAGGCCACGAGGGUUAUCAUCCCCACCGGUGAAGUCAAGCAAUUCAAAGAGAUCGUGAAGGCUGCGGAACUCAUGCUCGAACACCCCAACUAUUUUUUGGUCAAUUCUCGUUCUUUGCAUAUAGGAAGAAGAUUCUCUGCUCUCGGUGCUGAUGAAGAGUUGGAGUUUGGCAACGUGUAUAUCUUCUUCCCGAUGAGGAGAGUGAACUCUCUUGUCACCGCCCCUGACAUGGCAGUACUCUUCUUGGCCGCCAACUCUGCCGCCAAAAGAUUGUCCGGCAGUAAGGCGCGUGUUCUGCCGGACAACUGUGGCGGCAAAACAUGGCAACAACGGGAAGAAGAAGAAGAGAGUUCAAAAGAUGAAAGUUUAAGUGUGAUUCCAAGGUUGAGUUUGGAAGGAGUGGAGUCAGGGUUUCAGUAUAGGUUAAAUUAUUGUAGGUCAAGGAAGCCUGUUUUGGAGACUAUAAAUGAGGAACCUGUUAGGCUAAGGUGAUCAUGUAAUGAAACUCAUUCGUUUAUGCAUCAGAUUUUAUUUUAUUUUUAGCUUCAAGAGAGAUUUAAUUAGUUGAAUCAUACAACACUUCAAAAAAUAAAUAGUUGAGAUGGUGUCUCAUUAGCAUCAAAUUUGUACAAAAUUCAUAUACAAACAAGUUUGUGUGUGAUACAUAUUGACUAUUAUUUUAUUUUUUGGCUA